GGAAGAAAACGAUGGGUAGAAGAGAACGAUUUCCCUCAAUUACCUUACAUAGAAGCAAUAAUCUUGGAGUCAAUGAGGCUUCAUCCACUUGUUACGUUAUUAGCCCCACAUUACGCCAUUGAUGACUGCAAAGUUGCAGGGUUCGACAUAUCAAAGGGAACAAUGGUACUAAUCAAUACAUGGUCCAUAGGGAGGGACCCUAAAUUAUGGGAUUCGCCGGAAGAAUUCUUACCGGAGAGGUUUUUGGGCAAAGAAACUGAUAUGUUGGGGAGUAAUUUUGCGCUGCUGCCGUUUGGUUUGGGGCGGAGGAGAUGCCCUGGGUACAACCUCGGACUGAAGAUGGUUCGAACAACGUUGGCUAAUUUGCUGCAUGGAUUUGAGUAUAAAUUGGCCGAAGAUGUAUGCUUGGAGGAAAUGUACGGACUCACCACACAUCCUAAAAAGCCUCUUGUUGUGGUUAUGGAACCGACACUUGCAUCCCAUCUUUACUGAUUCAGUGAUUCUCUGUAUUGAGAAAUUAAAUAAAUUUGUGCAAUCAAGCUGUGAUCUUGAUACAAAUAGCAUUAUAAAAUAAAGAAUGUCUUUUCGGUUAUUGUUUCGUAAUUUUUGUCAUGUGUAACUAGUGACUAAAACUGGAACGGAAUAUGUAAAUAUUUGCUGAUUUUGAUCC